UUAGUGAUAAUGGUACUUAGUUAUAUUCCUGUGUCGGAGUUACUUUAUACAGUCUGUAAAAUAUGCAGAGGUCUAAAGGAUGUUGUGCGAAAAAUGCAAAGCUUGUGGACUAUUGUAGAAUUUGACGAUUCCUAUACUAUAGACAUUGCAAUGAUGGAAAUGAUCGUGAAAAAUAAUCAGCUUGUAUGUCUCAAUCUAAAACAUAUUAUAAAAUGGCUGACACUGUAAAUCCUUUGCGUUACCCAGGUGACACUGCUUCAACGGAUGAGUUAGUUGCUUAUUAUUUUACUUCUUCAUAUACGGCUAAAGAAAUAGCUGGAUUUUUACUUUUCGUUCAUAAUAAAUUUGUUAGUGUUAAGACAGUCUACAGAAUGAUGAAAAGACUUCGACUGAGAAGAUAUGGUGCAGAGAGUCCAUUGAUUAAUAUCGUUCAAAAGAUAAUUCAACUGCACAAACAAGGAUACUCUAAUAUUGGAUAUAGAGCAAUGUGGAAAAUACUUAAUUCUUGCUGUGGCAUCAAUGCUACUCAGGAAACGGUGAGAAUUGCACUGAAAGCUAUACAUUAUGAUGGUGUAGUUGCAAGAUCUCGACGUCGACUUGUGCGAAGAAGAUAUUGUAAUCUAGGACCAAAUUUUUGUAUUCACAUAGAUGGAUAUGAUAAACUCAAACCCUUUGGAAUAUCAGUGCAUGGAGCAAUCGAUGGCUUUUCUCGAAAAAUCAUUUGGCUAACUGCAAGUCAUACGAAUAAAAACCCACGUAAUGUUGCGCUUAAUUUUGUAGAAUUCCUUAGACAAUCCAAGCGUGUUCCACGAUUGGUUAGGUCAGAUGCUGGUACGGAGAACGUUAUUAUAAGGUCGAUACAAAUAGCGUUACGUGCAGUUCACAAUGAUAACAUGUCAGGGUACAGAAGGUUUUCUGAGGGGCGAUCAACUGGGAAUCAAAGGAUUGAGAUGCUGUGGAGUUUUCUGUGUCCUUACUUCACCACAUUCUGGAGAAAUAUGUUUAAAGACAUGAUAGAUAACGGAGAGCUCAAUAACACAAAUCAAGUUCAUCUAGAGUGUGUACGUUUUUGUUUCCUGCCAGUUAUACAACAACAUUUAGAUAUUUUCAAAAAUAUGUGGAAUAGUCAUAGAAUUCGGUCACAACGUCAAGUUGAUCAAAACUAUGGCGUCCCGGAUGUUAUGUACAACCAGCCACUACUUUAUGACGCUGUCGACUAUUCCUAUGACAUACCAUGUGACGAAAGUAUCUUUGAUGACAUUACUAGGCUCUAA